AUGAAAUUAUUAUUGUUUGUGUUAUUCGUAUAUACAUAUGCGACAAGUGCACAAUAUAGAUAAGCAAUGGAGGAUGUAUAUAUUAAACUAUUCAAUAGCUUAAUGAUGAUAACUUUGGUUAAACACUUUUAGAAACAAUUUAAAUGCAUAUUUAAUCUGAUGAACCUGUAGGUAAUUUAGUCAACAUGUUAUAAAAUCUACAAUCAUAAGUAGAANAAUUAUUGUGA